AUGUUAGACACACAUAUAAAUUCAGAUCCGCAGAUUUCAGUAGGAGGAAUAGAAGCAACUCCUGUCGUAGCAAGGAUGAGAUUUCGCGGUGGUCAUAAGUUUAAGAAAUCUGAUAUCAUCACCCUCGAACCAGAGCCUUCUAAUACGUAUGAUAAGAAUACGAUAAAAGUUAUGAUAGAUGGUAUUCAUAAAGCAUACGUGGCAAAGAAUGAGAAUGGGAGUAUUGGAGAUUUGAUGAAAAAAUAUCCGAAUUAUCAGAUCACUGCUCAUGGGAAAAAGAACUAUAAUCAAUUAGCGUCUUUAAACCUCGAAUAUCCUUGGAUGGUUUGUGGAAGAUGUCGUGAUACACUACAAGCAUCGAGAGAUUAUGACUAUACUUAUUAA